UUCAAGGUGUGCUGUGUGUCGCAUUGUUUUUUAAACCAUGGCAUGUCCGUUUGUAGAAGACCCUGUAGACGAAGAGGCACGACUACUCAGAAGAGAGCUCCGCAUUCGUAGGGAAGUUAUCCACAGGCCGAGAUUGGACACGCUAUCAUUUCCGGAUAAUUUUCUUUUCGAACGGUACCGCUUCACUUCACCGACCAUCACUUACAUCCAUAAUCUCAUCCGUCAAGACAUUCAAAACAUCACCAACCGUGGACGUCCACUGUCAUCCACCCAGAUUCUGUGUGUUGCUCUUCGGUUUUUUGCCAACGGAAGUUUUUUAUAUAAUAUAGGUGAUGCAGAAAACAUUAGCAAGGCCACCGUCUGCAGAGCUGUGAGAAAAGUGUCCCUAGCACUAAAAAGACAAAUCAACUCCUUCGUUGUGUUCCCGGGACAUAAACCCGUGGGGGUCAUCAAGGAGGAAUUCCACAGAAUUGCAGGAUUCCCUGGUGUGAUAGGGUGCAUCGAUGGGACGCACAUUCCCAUCGUUGCUCCUUCAGAAAAUGAAGGAGACUAUGUGAACAGAAAAUCCAUUCACAGCAUCAAUGUGCAGGAGGAUUUGAUGGCUGUCUGCUGACCCUGACCCAGGCCCUCAACAGAACUUCAACCUGGCUCAUUGCAGGACGAGAGCCAAGGUGGAGAUGACCAUAGGCCUGCUGAAAGCCCGUUUCCAGUGCCUGCGUUACCUCAGGGUGACCCCUGAGAGGGCCUGUGAUAUAAUUGUGGCAUGUGUUGUUCUCCAUAAUAUUGCCACUGUUAGAGGAGAGCAACACCCUGCCCUACAAAUGGAGGAGCAUGAUGACAACCCCAUCCACCCCGCAGAGAUGCAGGACGGAAGAACAGUCAGAGACAGCAUAUGCAAUAAUCAUUUCACCGUUUAAAAUCAUAAUCACCAUCACCAA